UCAACUGGUUGUAGUACCAGAAGACCCCCCAUCACCACCAGGAGAAUAUGACUUCAUCAUAGUUGGUGCUGGAUCGGCAGGGUGCGUACUUGCUAACCGCUUGUCCGAAAUAAAAAAUUGGAAGAUCCUUCUUCUAGAAGCGGGCCCCGAAGAACCGAACGUGACUAGCGUUCCAGCGCUUUCACCGGUUCUAACAUCUUCCAGUAUCGACUGGGGCUACAACACGCAACCAGAUGAGCUUUCAUGUCGGGGGAUGAAGGGACACAUAUGCCAUUGGACUAGAGGGAAAUCCAUGGGAGGCUCUAGUGCGGUAAACUACAUGGUGUACAUGAGAGGCAACAAAGCUGACUACGACGGAUGGGCCGCGGCUGGCAACUCCGGCUGGAGCUAUCGAGAGGUGCUGCCGUACUUCAAGAAAGCAGAGAACAAUAGAAAUCUUGAAGUAUACGACAAAAAGUAUCAUUCUGAAGGCGGACCCCUGAAUGUGGAAAGGUUUCCAUAUAUAGACAAUAAUGUCUUAAUGUUAGUCCAAGCAUUCAGAGAUAGAGGUCUACCGGUAACAGAUUUCAAUGGAGAAAACCAACUUGGAACAGAUAUAGCUCAGUCGACUUCACUGCAUGGAAAAAGACUGUCCGUAAAUGCAGCCUAUAUCAGGCCAAUACGUCAUAUUAGAUCUAAUUUAAAAAUAAUAACGAAAGCAUAUGUAACUAAAAUUAUUAUAAACCCGAUUACUAAAGCUGCUGUUGGAGUAGAGUACAUCAAAGAUGGAGCGUUGUUAACCGCAUAUGCUUCUAAAGAAGUUAUAUCAAGUGCUGGUGCGAUAAAUUCUCCAAAGUUACUGAUGCUAUCUGGUGUAGGACCCACAGAGCAUUUAACGAAACAGAAUAUAACAGUUUUAUCUAAUCUUUCAGUUGGCCACAACCUACAAGAUCAUGUCACAACUAACGCGUUGCUUAUUGCUCUUACUAACAAAACUGCGGUUGAUGGCCCGCAAUUGCUAAAUAACAUUUAUGAAUAUUAUAAACAACCACCUCACAAGAAUGGUUCUUUGGCUUCUACAAGUACUCUAAACGCAGUCGCCUUUAUUAAUACAAAUUUAUCGAAACAAGAUUUGCCUGAUAUUCAGUUUCACUUUGAUGGGAGGAAUAUCGAAGAAUUAUAUGCUGAUCCUCCGUCAUCCAUAGCAAGUAAUAUAUUUCCCUUGGGGUAUUAUACUGGCUUAUCAGUGAAACCUUUGUUAUUGGUUCCUAAAAGUAGAGGGUACAUAAUGCUUAACCACACUGACCCUGUUUAUGGUCCUCCGCUAAUAUAUCCUAGAUUCUUUACUGAACGAGAAGACUUAGAAGUUUUAAUAUCUGGAAUAAAAUACGCUACUACUUUAGAAGAUACCCCAGCGUUUAUAGAAAAUGGUGCUUAUUUUGUAAAGGUACCUAUAUCUGGAUGUGAAAGUUUUAAUUGGGGUACUAAUGAAUAUUUCUCUUGUUUAUUGACACACUAUACGACUACUAUAUUUCACCCGGCUGGCACUUGUAAAAUGGGCCCUAGCUCGGAUACCGAGGCUGUUGUUGACGCAAGGUUAAGAGUGUAUGGCGUUAAUAAGUUAAGGGUGGUAGAUUGUUCAAUUAUGCCGCAGAUUAUUAGAGGAAAUUUAAAUGCCCCUACAAUAAUGAUCGCUGAAAAGGCCGCUGACUUACUCAAGGAGGAAUAUUGUUAAAAGUUAAUCAUGUUUCAAAAUACGAUUAUUUCAAGCUGUCGUCAACUAAACCAAUAUUAAAGUUUUCAUUGAAGGGAUGUAGAAAACGUCCUAUUUUGGUGCAAGUUGCAAUUCGAGAUAGUUUAAGAAAUAGGUUACCAGUGUAUUUUCUAGUCCAGAUUUCUAACAUAAAUCACAGACUUGAGACUAGCUACCAGCUGGUGUAGUGGACAACACGAACGCAUAAUAUGGCAAACAGGAAGUGUUACUGUAAUUAAAUCAAUUGACAAUUCUCAAGCUUUAAAUUAUUUAACUUUGCACCCUAUCCCCCUUAGCACAAGUUCACUGCGAUGCAAGAUAAUCUAUCAGUCUAAUGUUAACUGUCAAUAACCAAAUUUAAGCGGUGCACUAUGGACCCAUUUGAAAUAAAAUAAAAUUUACAGCCUGAAAGGCAGAACUCGAAGAAAUGAUGUAAUCGCCAUCAUUUCUUCCAGUGCAAUUUGCAAUACAACAAUACGAUUUACUCAAAUCAUUUAUGACGGAUUCCUUAUUUGAGUAUAGCAAAGCUUCAAACUUCUUAACUGCAAGCCGUUUCCAGGAAACAUAUCUGUAAAGUCUCUUUGCAGACUUUAACAAGAGAUAUACAAUUAGAGCGUGCACGGUGCCGUGUGCGAUUGUAUUUUGUUUUAUCUUGUUAGGAGUCGAGCUCGAAGUCCCUUCUUGCUUUUAGAUCUUACGCAAGCGGAAAAUGUCUUCUAAGUAUGAAACUUAUCUGUUUUUAACAUAAAAGGCCUUACGCAAUUAGUGACGAAGAAUAUCUGUUGUGUGCUGAUAUAGCAAGUUUCUUAAUGAAGCUUAUACCUUCAUUAUUUUGAACAGCAAUUACAAUACCAAUUCUUAAAGUGGCCGUCUUGGUUAUUUAUAUUCAAAAGCAAAUAUUUAAAAGAAAAUAUUAAAAAUAUACUAACUAGUUAUAAUCUAACCAUU